AUGAAAAAUAAUAUCCAGCAGCGGAGCGGGGCCCGGCCCCCGCCCCGCGGCCGCUCGCCUGCGUACCGCGCCGUGCCCGCCCCGCUCCGGCUCCACUCAGACCCGUUCCCCUCAUUGCCGACCGCCGCUCCAACGAGACCGGGCCCACCCGCAACCACACUCACCACCCCCACGCCGCCGCUGCCUCUGCUUCGACCGCUGAGUAAUGAGCCGGGGCCGGGCCGCGCACACGCACCGCGCUCCACCCGCCCGCUGCGGCUGCGACUGCCCGCCUCCCGCACUCGCCCCGCCCCAGCCUCCGCGCCGCUGCCCGCCUCCCGCACUCGCCCCGCCCCAGGCUACGCGCCGCUGCCCGCCUCCCGCACUCGCCCCGCCCCAGGCUCCGCGCCGUUGCCCGCCUCCUGCACUCGUCCCGCCCCAGCCUCCGCGCCGCUGCCCGCCUCCUGCACUCGUCCCGCCCCAGCCUCCGCGCCGCUGCCCGCCCACCGCACUCGCCCCGCCCCAGGCUCCGCGCCGUUGCCCGCCUCCUGCACUCGUCCCGCCCCAGCCUCCGCGCCGCUGCCCGCCUCCUGCACUCGUCCCGCCCCAGCCUCCGCGCCGCUGCCCGCCUCCCGCACUCGCCCCGCCCCAGGCUCCGCGCCGCUGCCCGCCCACCGCCCUCGGCCCAGCGCCAGCGGUGCCCUUCACAGUAUCUUUGCCUCGUCCGAGGCCCCGGGGCCCCGCCGUUACGAGUCUGUCCGGCUCCGUCCUGGCCCUGCGAAGGCUGCAGAGCCCCAGCUCCCCGCGGCCCUGUCAGGCAUGAGCAGUUCCUGUGUGACACUGGUCGAGGUCUUAUGGGCAAAAGGAAGCCCUUUGGAGGAAGAAGAAAUAUGGGCACUCUUGUACUUGGCCACAGUGCAUCUUCUGGAAGACCUUCACAAAGAUCCUGCCCUAUGUGUGAUUUGUCCAUGGUCAGUACUGCUGUCUGCAGAAGGAAAUUUGUCCCUUCAAAACAAUGCAUCUCAAACAGAAGCCGUCCCUUUCAGUGCACCAGAACUACUGCACAGACAAAGUAAAAACCAGCACAUUGGAUUAACAAAGAUGUUGGUGUAUUCCUUAGGAAUGACCCUCUAUUGGUCAGCAGACUACCAGGUUCCUCCAAACCAGUCCCUCCAGCUGAGUGACCAACUACACAUGCUCUUGCUGACACUAUGUGAAGAUCUGCCACAUAAAAGACUUUCUCCUGAAUCAAUCCUGGAAGCAUGUGAGGCACAUCAGAAGGAAUCUGCUUGCUUACCUGCAAAUGUCUACAUAAAGAAAAUGGUCCAGUUUGCUUUGGGAAGUGUCAGCGAGGUAGAGUGGAUAGUCAAUGAAGACCGCACAGCCUGUCAUCUUGACAGGAGUCAUGUAAUAAGGAAAAGACUGCAUGAGAAAAUAUCUGACACCUCACCGUUGUCCUCCCAGAUGAAUUUUCAUCAAGGUAAUCAAGACAAAGGGUCCAGAUUAAUGAAUUAUAGUCAGUCAACAGAAGAUUACAGACAACUCUCUGCGGACUACAGCGAUUCUAAUAGUAUUUCUGAAAGCACAUCUUUGAUACUGUCUAACCGAGGACAUAGGAGAGAAAUAUCUUCCCUGAAGUGUAACCCUGACAUCCACUACAUCAGUUACAAUGCAACAAGGUCUACCAAAGAGAAAGUGAAUGAGAAAAAAACAGCCAUGCAAUUGCACCUGAGCCCCAAGCCCUUAGCCCCAGCACUGAGGAAGGUAAAGUUCCACAGGCGCACAGAUCAUGGGACCCCACCCUUAGUGGGUCAAGGACGCAAAUUUUCAGGUCCAGAGUUUAUUAUUUUAUCUAGUGAACCACCAGUGACCUUACAGCUGCCUGGAUCCAUUGUGACUAAAAAAGGGAAAUCCUAUUUGUCCCAAAGGGAUCUCAAUGUGAUUCUACUCAAUGGGCAGUGCCUUGAGGUACAAUGUGACAUCAAGUCCAAGGCAAGAGAUGUUUUCAACACUGUGGUGGCAUAUGCAAACUUGGUGGAACAUUUCUACUUUGGCUUGGCUUACCUGAAAGGUAAAGAAUUCUUCUUUUUGGAUGAGGACACCAAACUCUACAAAGUGGCCCCAGAUGGCUGGAAUGACCAACCAAAGAAGAAAAGCUCCAUCAUUAAUUUCACACUCUUUUUAAGGAUAAAAUUCUUUGUCAACCACUUCAACAUUAUUCAGCAUGGCUUGACAAGGCAUCAGUUUUACCUGCAGCUUCGUAAAGAUAUUUUGGAGGAGCGAUUAUAUUGUAAUGAUGAGACUGCUCUGAAGCUUGGUGCUUUGGCUUUACAGGCAGAGCUUGGCAAUUAUGCUUCUGAGAUGCAUGGAAAGAGCUAUUUUCGUGUGGAAGACUACAUUCCCGCAAGCCGAAUAGAGAAGAUGACCCUGGCAUAUGUACAGCGAGAGCUUGCUAAAUUACAUCGCUUGAACCGUUCACUGUUUGAGGAUGAAGCUGAACUAGAAUUCUUAAAGGUGACUCAGCAGCUUCCUGAAUAUGGAGUGUUAUUCUAUCAUGUGUCCCAAGAGAAGAAAGGAGCAGGAGAAGAUAUCAUCCUGGGAAUCUGUGCCAAAGGCAUCAUUGUGUAUGAGGUCAAAAAUCACACAAGGAUUGCCAGUUUAAGAUUCCAAUGGCGUGAAACAGAGAGAAUUUCAGCUCAUAGAAAAAAAUUCAUGAUUGAAAGCAGUUUCAGUGGCAAGAAACACACCUUCAUCACCGAUACAGCAAAGACAUGUAAAUAUCUACUGAACCUCUGCUCUGCCCAGCACAAAUUCAAUGCACAGUCGAAUUCUAGGCAACUUCGUCAGACUUCAUCAGAGGAAGGUAAAUUUGUGGAAAUAGACAAAUCAAAUUCUGCAUAUGCAGCUCAGCGUGAACACCUCGCCCUGAUUCAGAGACUGUCUCGUUCAGAGAAUGUGCUCUAUGGAGCAAACCUGGAAAACCUUUCUGCUGGGUUAAUGAGCAAAUCUUGUGAUAACCUCAGUGUGGAAACCAACAGCAGGACUAGAGACAAAAGCAAUCUUGACAGAUCCACAUCAGGCUUAUCCCAGUCAGAAAUGCACAUCAAUUUGAAUGGAAAGCAAAGGAGUUUUGAUUACCUCUCUAUCCAUUCAACUCAGAACACAAUCAGUGCACCUGGAUCACCAGCCAUCCAGAAGGAAGUUUUGCUAAGUGGUCUAGAAAGAGAAAUAGUUUGUGUCAGCCUAAAGCGUGACUCUAAAAAUGGAUUUGGAUUUGUAAUUAUUGGAGGAGAAAAUGUAGGAAAAUUAGACCUUGGUAUCUUUAUCGCUUCAAUUAUUCCUGGGGGACCUGCAGACAGAGCUGGAAAUAUCAAACCAGGAGGACGACUCAUCUCUGUGAAUAAUAUUAGUCUUGAGGGUGUUUCAUUUAAUACUGCAGUUAAAAUCAUCCAGAAUUCUCCUGAUGAAGUGGAACUCAUCAUCUCUCAACCCAAAGAUAUGUAUGAAGAAGGAGUAAGUGAAGAAAAGAAUCUGUCAAGAGGAAACAGUACAAGUGGAUCUGAGAUCUCCUGUGUAGACAGUGGGAGAAAACAGAUUCAGGAUUGUCAUACAGCUCUCUCCAAAGAACAGGACUCACACAGAGAAGAACUUGAGAAGGCUCUUUCCUGGAGUUUAGCACCAAAACUGGGUCCUAGGAGUACAGUUCCUUCAGUUAAUAGACUGGAUGUGGAGGAAGCUGAUUCUUCCAAUUUACCAUCUCCAUCUGAAAACAGCUCAAAGGAAGUCUAUACUGUGGAGCUUGUUAAAGAAGAUGGGACCUUCGGAAUCAGCGUGACUGCAAGUGUUACUGUUAAUCUUUCAGUUCUGGUCAUGCGUUAUACACUAUCUGAAGGAAGAACAUGUGAAGAUUCCACUGUAAUUUGUGGCCAGUUUUUGCAGGGUGGAAUUAUACUAGUGUGCGCACGGUGGAUAUACGUGAAGGUCAAUUAUUUCCGGGGACCAGCAGAUAAGGAUGGACAAAUAAAGAUAGGUGAUCGUCUGCUGGAAGUAGAUGGCAUCAGCCUCUGUGGCAUCACCCACAAACAGGCUGUGGAACACCUUAAGAAAUCUGGGCAGAUUGCCAAGCUGGUUCUAGAAAGGGGAAGCUACCAAUUGGCAGAGUCACGCCUGACUGCUAAUGACAGAAAGGAGGACCAAUGUACAGUUGCUUCUGAAGCAACAUCCUUCACAGAUGGCACCAAAGACUACUGUUUUUUGACAGAUGAUAAUAUAUUUGAAGUCAAACUGACAAAGAAUUCUGGAGGCCUCGGCUUUAGUGUUCUGCAAAUGGAAGAAGAUGCUUGUGAACACCUUGGAGGACCCAUUGUCAGGAUCAAAAGGCUAUUUCCAGGGCAGCCAGCUGAAGAGAAUGGUGGAAUUGAAAUUGGGGACAUUAUUUUAGCCGUGAAUGGGAAACCUACUCAAGGACUUUUUUAUCAGGAUGUCCUGCACUUGUUGAGAGGAGCUCCUCCAGAAGUCACACUACUACUUUGCAGACCACCAAAAGGUGUUCUUCCAGAAAUAGAACAAAGUGCCCUGACUCCAGCACCAUCUCCAAAUAAGGAGUUUGAGGCAGAAGUGCCAGGCAGUGCAGAGGCAGGAAAAUAACAUAGAUCAGUCUACCAGUGAUGGAGGUAGCACCUCUCAGACCUUGACGACUGCCUAGAUUCUCCAGUGGCAGCAGAUUUCAGUGAGCCUCCUGAAGAGGACAGCUCCACUUAUGAAGAGCAGGAAGCUGAGUUUACAGAGAAAAUCACACAGAAAUUUGUGAUGCCCAGGGAAGAUUUCUAUAAGCAUCUUCGGAAGUUUCGAGAAGCUACCACUUCUGAAGUGUCCACUCCUCUAGAAGAAGAAAUGAAGCAGAACUGCUACUCACCCUGUGAAUGUGGAUGGCCAAAAGGUAGGGAAUACCAAAAUGUGCUCUGCAACUUUUCCUUCAUUUCUUAAAGUAAAUUGCUGUUUAAGCAGAAGGUUACCUGCUUCUAAUCACUGCUGAUUACUGAAGAUUUUGUCAUACCACCCAUUCUGACUAUCCUGAUCUGCUAUUUCUGUUCAGUCUUCUCUUAUUAUGGUUUUGUAUAAGCCUGCAUUGCAGGACA